CACAACGUACAAUUAAAACAUAAUGGGCAGAACAAGUUGUUCUGUUCUUCUAUCCUUUCUCAUUCUGUCAUUCUUUGUGGUUGAAAUCCAUGGAAAUGGACAAGUUCGAGCUCUUGGGAAUCUUCAAAAGUCCAAGUUCAGAGGAAGUUCACAAAUUGAUAUGAGUGAGUUUGAGGUACAAGAGCUUGAGCAUGAUAACAUUGUUCAUUCUCAGGAUGGCAUGAAAGAGAAAGAUAGGAUUUUGAGGCUUCCAGGACAGCCCCAAGUGAAGUUUUCUCAAUAUGGAGGGUAUGUCACAGUGAAUAAAUUGGCUGGUCGUGCCUUUUAUUAUUACUUUGUUGAAGCUCAACGUUCUAAAGAAACACUCCCUCUUCUUCUUUGGCUCAAUGGAGGUCCCGGAUGUUCAUCUCUUUCCUAUGGAGCAAUGCAAGAACUUGGACCUUUUCGAGUAAAUAGUGACGGCAAAACACUACACAUAAAUAGAUAUUCGUGGAACUAUGCUGCAAAUGUCUUGUUCCUCGAGUCACCUGUUGGGGUAGGAUUUUCUUAUUCAAACAGAUCAACAGAUUAUGAUACCAAUGGAGAUAGGAGAACAGCUGCAGAUAACUAUUUGCUCUUGGUCAAUUGGUUGGAGAGGUUUCCAGAAUAUAAGAAUAGAGAGUUUUAUAUUUGUGGGGAGAGCUAUGCUGGACAUUAUGUCCCUCAACUUGCACAUACCAUUCUCUAUCAUAACAAAAUGGCAAAUAAGACAAUCAUCAAUCUCAAAGGAAUCUUGAUUGGGAAUGCAGUGAUCAACGAUGAAACUGACGUGAAAGGAAUGGUUGAUUUUCUUGCUAGCCAUGCAAUCAUAUCAGACCAAGCAGCGUAUGAUAUCAACAAAGCUUGUGAUUUCUCAUCACAUAAUGAGACAAGUAGUGAAUGUAAGGCAGCCUCGGAUGAACUUGACAGAGAUCUUGCAUUCAUUGAUUUAUACAACAUUUAUGCUCCCCAAUGCAAAAAUUUCAAUCUCACGGCCCAGCCCAAGAAGAACUCUAUUGUGAUUGAUCCAUGUAGUGAGUAUUAUGUGUAUGCAUAUCUUAACAGAGAAGAUGUUCAAGAGGCCCUCCAUGCCAAUGUCACAAAGCUCAAAUAUGACUGGGAACCCUGCAGUAAUGUCAUUACAAAGUGGGUUGAUGCCCCUUCAACAGUCCUUCCCCUUUUACAUGAAUUCCUAAAUAAUAGCCUUAGGGUUUGGAUUUUCAGUGGUGACAUAGAUGGAAGAGUGCCUGUUACUUCAACCAAGUAUUCCAUUAAUAAGAUGAAGCUUCCCAUUAAAACUACUUGGUACCCUUGGCUCGCCUAUGGAGAGGUUGGUGGCUAUACACAAGUAUAUGAGGGAGGCCUAACAUUUGCUACGGUGAGAGGAGCAGGGCAUCAAGUGCCAAGUUACCAACCAGCAAGAGCCCUUUCUUUGAUCAAAUAUUUCUUAGACGGAUCUCCACUUCCUCAUCCUAAAAGAAUAUGAUUAAUGUAAUCCUGUUUUCAAUAAUUGCUAUAGUUAUGAUUAGUUUAUGUUCAAAUUAUAGAAAUUUAAGUAUGGAACGAAGAAAAG